UUUCCCAUUUGUGAUUUGCCAUGGAGACCCCUAACCUCAGUACACCACCUAAGGCUGAUUGGUCCCAACUUCCAAAAGACCUCUUCGACUCAAUUUUGGAGAGGUUAUCUUCCCCCCUCGAUCAUAUUCGAGUCAGCUGCGUUUGCAACCCCUGGAGAUCCAUGGCUCCUAAAUUCCAUUGUUGGCUCAUUCUCCCAUGCAACUACUAUGACAACAGUAUUAGAAAUGGCGAAGAAGCUGUGGGCUUCCUUGGCUUGGUCAAUCUUUCGGAUCCCAAUUGUGAGGUUCACAAGCUCCGGCUUGCAGAAGCCUCGGGAAGAUUGGUCCAUGGAUCCUCAGCUGGAUGGCUCGUAACUUUGAAACCCCAAGGAGACAUUCACUUACUACACCCCUUUACCAGAGCCCACAUUCAGCUUCCGCAGCUUACUUUAGAGGCGUUCCCUGAUUUACCCUCAACUUUUGAGGGUUCCAAGCGCCGCAUACAUAUAGAUAAGGCUAUCGUUGGUCUCUCUUCAAAUGGUGCAUCGGCAUCUUCUUCUUCUUUUGAAACUGAUGGUGUGGUCAUGGUUAUGUGCCUCAAACCUAAGAAAUUGGCCUUUUAUAGGCUUGGGAAAGACCAGAACUGGUCCAGCUUUGAAGGCUAUAGUGGGAGUUACAAAGACAUCGCCUUUUACAAAGAUCAAUUAUACGGCAUAAGAAAUAGACGCCAUGUUUUUGUAGCUUGUGGCUUUGAUGGUCCUUCUCCAACAAUGGAAGAUGUUAUGGAAAUUCCCAAUCAUACCAUCGGCACUAAGUACUAUCUGGUGGAGUCUUCAGGCGAUUUAUUGCUGGUUCUAAGGCAUCUUGGAUGGGUGCAACACAAAACCGUUAAUUUCAGUGUUUUCAAACUAGAUGUUGGUGGAAGGAAUUUGGUGAAGGUUAAAAACAUAGGCAACCGUUGUCUAUUCUUGGACCGUAAUACUGCAGUCUCUCUCUCUGCCUCUGAUGUCCCUGGAUGUAAGGGUAAUCACAUCUACUAUAUAGGUACAUGUUUUUCUGGUUAUUCUAGGCAGUCAUUUGGGUGUUAUGAUAUGGGAGUGUUCAACUUAAAAGAUAGAGCUUUUAUACCUCUUAAUUACUGCAAUGACAGAGGUUUAAUUAUGCAUCCACCCAUUUGGUAUCCAACAUAUCCAUGAUGGCGUGGUGGGUUGUGAAUCAGGAUGUUCUAACGCUUACAUUAGGAUCCUGUGUUAGUUUUUUCCAUUGCCAUAUCUAGUUUGGUGGGAGAAUUGAUCUUUUGGAAGGAUUUUGGAGGUUUUGUGAUGUUGGGGAUGAAUGGAACAUAUUUAUAUUGUUUUCCCUAAUUAUGCUUCUAGUAAACCUAUUUUGGUUUUGUCAUAGUUCUGUGAAGCUUUCUUCUGUUUUGCUGUAUACUCUCAUCUUUCAAUUACAUUAUAGUGGAACUUUUUAUCCAUGUA